AUGUCAGUUCCUAGUGUGCGGGAUGUCUCAUUAGGAGACGUGUCCCUCAUUCUGGUCAUUCUAAUCUGCUGCCCUCCAUUACUGGCUCUAUUCCGCCCAGUCCAAUCCCAUCCCAAAGGAUGCCGAAGACUCGGUCUCCCGGAAGGGCAAAGCAACUUGGACGAUGAAUUCGAUCCCAAAUACAGCGCAGGCGUGCCAAACACAUACGACUCAAAAGGCCGGCCAACCUGGCGCGUCAAAGCACUAUUCACCUACCCGCUAAAAUCAUGCGGCGGCAUCGAGCUCCAAGCCUCCGAAGUCGUGCCAACGGGUCUACAAUACGACCGACAAUUUGCCUUCGCCGAGCACAGCGCGGAUGGCUGGAACUGUCGCACUCUGCGAAACGCAGGCUUUCAACGUCUAGCUCUGAUCCAUCCCGAGAUCUGGGUGCCAGACCCAUCAGCUCCAGGUUAUAACUCAACCGUGCAAGGCGAGAUGGUAAUCUCGUACCCGCGCCUCGCACCGACAGGGUAUACCGGCCUACUCAUCAAGCUGUGCAUGGCAGUGGGAAUUGUCAAUCCACGCCGCAGAUUCCGCGUCCCACUCAACCCACCUCAGGGCAGCAAGUUCCUGUUCCCACUCCUCCCAGUACGAAUCUGGAAAGACAAGCCAUUGGCCUGGGACUAUGGAAGUCUUCUACCAGCCUCGCUACACACCUACCUAGGCCUCGACCCAAAGAACUCGCCACUAAAACUCUUCCGCGCGAACCCAACACAUACCCGCGAAAUCCACCGCAACGCCCCACUGGCUUCAGACCUAGGCUUCCAACCCAACACAGCAUUCGCAGACGCAUAUCCAAUCCACCUCCUCAACCUAGCAAGCCACAUGGACGUCGCAGUGCGCUGUGCAUACGCGAUUCCAAAACUGAGUAUUCGUCGAUUCCGCGCGAACAUUAUCACGCAAGGACCGGGUGCGUUCGACGAAGAUGGUUGGAAACGGAUGGCGAUUGGUGGAGUCGAGAUCCACGCAGCGUGUCGGACUGUGCGGUGUCGGCUCCCGAAUGUGGAUCCUGAUUCUGGGGAGCGGCAUAAGGCGGAGCCGGAUCGGACGUUGAAGGCGUAUAGGAGGAUUGACGAUGGGGAUCGGACGAAUGCAUGUCUUGGAAUGCAGCUUGUUCCUGCGAUAGAGGAGUUUCGGCUUUGCGUUGGGGAUGAGGUGGUGGUCUUGGAGAGGGGGGAGCAUCGGUAUAUUAAGAUGUUGGCGCCUGGGGAGAAGGCGGAGGGUGUUUAA